ACAUUAAACCGGCCUAAUUAAUCUGGAUCCCGAAAAUUACUUAGCUUCUCUCUCUUAACUCUCUCGGAUCUUUUAGAGAGAGAAAGCUUUGCUUUUCUUCUCUGAUUAUCAUCAGAGAUCUUAUAAUUAUAACUAUAUAUAUGUUUGAUAUCUUUGGUGUUUUAGGUUUUCUGGUUUUGUCCAGAUCUAGUUCCGAUGUUUUGUCGGUUUAGUUUUCCGAAUUUGUUUCGGUUCUAAUCUUUUGUUAAAGCCUUCUGCUGGUUCUUAAAGUCAGCGUUUUCUUGCGAAGGAAGCGUUGAAAUCAGGAUGGUUUUGAUAGAUCUUUGUUGUGCUGUGCUUGAAUCUUCGUCCAAUUGACGGUAAUUUCCUCACUCUUCCAUGGAUGGUUUGUAUUGAGUGAAGGUUCUCUUUGGUCGUUUUGAUUCAAGUUGAUGCGGUUGAGGGAAGUGGAUUAGAUAGUUCUCUGAAGAAUACUUCAAUCCUUAUCAAUCGAGAUUGAAUUCCGGUGAACAAAGUUUAAAACUCAGUCAAAACCUCCAAAGAUUAUUAGCAGAAGGUGAUUCGUACAAAUUACAGGCUAGGUUCAAUAGAAAUCUGUGCAGAAGCUUUGGAGAACAGAUCGGAAGCAAAUAUUUCAGUGAUUGAAGCGCUCCGGUCGGUGGCUUUGCCAUGGGAAGAACACAGAUCUGUUCAGAAAUUGCCACGUUGCUAUACACGUGUUUUGUAUUGUUCAAUGUUUAUAUUUUGUAUUGCAAUUUGUGGCUUGUUGGGCCUAAAUUUGUACUCGUACGUUUACCCCGUGUUGGGCUUUUAAUAUAAGAAGUCGAAAAAGAAAAAAAAAAAAAAAAAAAAAAAAAAAAAAACUGGAACCCAACUCAAUUAACCCGACCCGAAACCAUAAUCUUAAAUACCCGACCCAACUUCACUUCUCUCCACAUCAAACAGUUCAUGGCAUAAUCUGUAAUUUUGUUAAAAACACAAACACAGUCGGAAAAAUGCUACUGAAGCAACUCUCACCGCCGUUCCCACUCCGCCGCCGUAUCUCCACCCUCUCCUCCUCCACAUCCACUCUCAAUCUCCCAAAACUCGAACCUUCCCCAGACGCCGAACUAAUCUCACAAAUGCUUAUAACAAAUCACAACCCAUUCCAUUUCAUGGAAUCAUCUCUACAACUCAACGGCAUCUCCCUAUCUCCUAACCUAAUCCACCAAACCCUCCUCCGUCUCCGUCACAAUUCCAAAAUUGCCCUCUCCUUCUUCCAAUAUCUACGCUCCUUACCCUCUCCUUCACCACCAUCACCAACCUCCUUCAAUCUCAUCAUCGAUAUCCUCGGCCGUGUUCGUCAAUUCGACGUCGUUCGACAACUCAUCGUCGAAAUGGAUCAAACCUCUCCAGAGACGUUUCUAAUCUUAGUCAAACGGUUAAUCGCCGCGGGGCUUACUCGUCAAGCGAUUCGUGCUUUCGACGAUGCGCCUUGUUUCCUCGAGAAUCGUCGUUUCGGUGUUGUUGAAUUCGGGUUUCUUCUCGAUACGCUUUGUAAAUACGGUCAUACGAAGAUGGCUGUUGGGGUUUUUAACGAAAGGAAAGAAGAGUUUGGGGUUGAUGAGAAGGUUUAUACAAUUUUGAUUGCUGGUUGGUGUAAACUUAGAAGGAUUGAUAUGGCGGAGAAGUUUUUAGCGGAGAUGAUCGAGUCCGGGAUCGAGCCAAAUGUAGUUACGUAUAAUGUUUUGCUCAAUGGGAUUUGUAGAACAGCGAGUUUGCAUCCAGAAGAAAGGUUUGAGAGGAAUGUGAGGGAUGCAGAGAAGGUGUUCGAUGAAAUGCGUCAAAGAGGGAUUGAGCCUGAUGUUACGAGUUUUUCGAUCGUGCUUCAUAUGUAUAGCCGAGCUCAUAAGUCUGAGCUGACGUUGGAUAAGUUGAAACUGAUGAAGGCGAAAGGGAUUAGUCCGACGAUUGAAACAUACACUUCGGUUGUUAAGUGUCUUUGUUCUUGUGGGAGGUUGGAGGAAGCGGAAGAGUUGCUUGAAACAAUGGUGGGAACCGGGAUAAGCCCGUCUUCUGCGACGUACAAUUGUUUUUUCAAAGAAUAUAAAGGGAGAAAGGAUGCUAAUGGAGCAAUGAAUCUUUAUAGGAAGAUGAAGAAUGGAUUGUGUAAACCAAGUACGCAGACGUAUAAUGUAUUGUUGGGAACGUUUAUCAAUUUGGGGAAGAUGGAGACUGUUAAAGAGAUAUGGGAUGAUUUGAAAGGAAGUGAAACUGGUCCGGAUUUGGAUUCGUAUACUUCGUUGAUUCAUGGGUUGUGUAGUAAGGAGAAAUGGAAAGAGGCUUGUGGGUAUUUUGUGGAGAUGAUAGAGAAGGGUUACUUGCCACAGAAGCUAACUUUUGAGACAUUGUAUAAAGGAUUAAUACAGUCUAAUAAGUUGAGGACUUGGAGGAUGUUGAAGAAGAAACUCGACGAGGAAUCUAUCACAUUCGGGUCUGAGUUUCAGAGAUACCCUUUUGAGCCUUACAAGAGAUGAAGUAAAGUUAAGCAAACUGGCAAUAUAGGCCCGUUUUUUAAAAGAAUUAUUUGCAUAUACACCUACUUUUUGACAAAGUAUUCACCAUCACACCCACUUUCUACUAUCUCUAUACUUUAUGUUAAGAAAUUGACUAUCGUAUCCUUUAUUAUCUUUUCUCUGUCUUUAACUCUACUUUAUCAAAACAACAAAUUAAUUUCUUUUUUCUUA